CAUCUCUGAGUCACUGAGUGACUGUUCUCACAUCUCACUGAUGCCGUCAAAAGCCUCCGGUAUUCCCACACUGUCACCGACGACGGAAAACCACGCCGAAUCCCAAACAGAGCUACAGCUUCUUGAUGGGCAGUAGGAAUCUGCAGAGUAAGAUAGUAAAACUUUCUCUUAAAACUGAGCUUACCUUGUUACCACUUUCAUGCACACAAGAUGUUUGAUGAAAUGCGCAAAAGAGUUUCUAUCACAAGAAAAAGUACCUACAGCAUGUGUUGUGGUUUAAUUUUCCUGAUAAAAGUCGUGGGUUAAUGUUGGUUUUGGUAGCUCUGGACUAAUUUGAUUCAGUUGAGUGAUAGUUAGAAAGAGUGGUGUGGCUAUAACUAUGGGGAGUAAAACCCUGUUUAAAUGGUCGAAACAGAUCACUUCUUCGCAAGUUGGGAAGCUGAUAAAAGCCGAGAAGGACCUACAGAAAGCGCUUAUUAUAUUUGAUUCCGCGACAGCUGAGUACACCAAUGGUUUUCGGCACGAUCACAGCACAUUUGGCCUCAUGAUACGUAGACUAGUAUCUGCAAACCAGUUCAGGUCUGCAGAGGCGCUGCUUGAUAGAAUGAAGGAGGAGAAGUGCAGUGUUACGGAAGAUAUAUUCUUGUCAGUUUGUAGAGGGUAUGCUCGAGUUCAUAGGCCACUGGAUUCUGUCAGGGUGUUUGAAAAGAUGGAGGAGUAUCAGUGCAAACCAACUGAUAAGUCUUACAUUACGAUAUUUGGGAUUCUUGUUGAAGAAAACCAGUUGAAGGUGGCUUUCAGAUUCUACAAGUAUAUGAGGAAAGCGGGUAUUCCAGCUAGUGUUGUCUCACUUAAUAUCUUGAUUAAAGCGCUUUGUAAGAACAGUAGUUCCAUGGCUGCAGCUCUCCAGAUUUUUCGUGAGAUGCCCGAUCAUGGCUGCACCCCUGAUUCAUAUACAUAUGGUACUUUAAUUAAUGGAUUGUGUAAGUUGGGAAAGAUCGGUGAAGCAAAGGAGCUAUUCCGAGAUAUGGGAACAAAAGGUUGUUUGCCGUCUGUUGUGACAUAUACUUGCUUGAUACGUGGUUUGUGUCAAUCUAACAAUUUGGAGGAAGCAGUGGAAUUGUUUGAAGAAAUGAAAUGCAAAGGUAUCAAUCCAAAUGUGUUAACUUAUAGCUCUUUGAUGGAUGGGUUUUGCAAGGGUGGACGUUCUUCACAAGCAAUGGAACUAUUAGACUCAAUGGUUAGCAAACGCCAUUUGCCCAACAUGAUUACUUAUAGUACUUUGCUUCAUGGACUCUGCGAAGAAGGGAAGCUUCGAGAGGCUUUGGAGAUUCUGGACAGAAUGAAGCUGCAGGGCUUGAAACCAGAUGCAGGGCACUAUGGGAAAAUAAUAACUUGCUCCUGCAAUGUUUCCAAGUUCCACGAAGCUGCAAACUUUCUUGAUGAGAUGGUCCUUGGUGGGAUUUCACCAAACAGAAUAACCUGGAGCCUUCAUGUUAGGAUCCAUAAUGCAGUAGUCCAAGGCAUGUGUAAUAGUGGAAACCUAACUCAAGCCUUUCAGUUGUAUCUUAGCAUGCGUACCAGGGGUUUUUCUAUUGAUGAAGGAACUUUUGAUACACUGGUCAAAUGCAUUUGUAAGAAAGGUGACCUGCACAAAGCUUAUCGAAUUGUUGAUGAGAUGGUGCUUGAUGGAUGCAUUCCAGAUUAUGGAAUAUGGAAUGCUGUGGUUGAAGGGUUUUGGGAUCGAACAAAGGUGCGUGAACCUGCUGAAUUGUUGCAGGCUGAGCUGAUGGGCGAAAUAGGUGAUGAACAAUACGGAUGAGUUUUGAGCUAUUAAGUCCACCGAUACACUUGUAUCCCUUAUCAUAAAGAUUUGUUACCUCGACACUGUUGUUGUUAGUGAUCACAGAGUAUACAUUAGUGCGAGCAAAAUAUAGCACUUGCCCUUGCAAAGUUUUAAACAUUGAUGUCCUUGGUGAUUGUUCAUACUGGAUUUAUAUGUUCUCUCCUGGCUCAAAGUUUAGUGCCUAUC